AUGUGGCUUCCCAAAAGUGGAAGUAGUUUGCACGGUGGCGGUGGCGGCGGAGACCGGUUGCAGCGGAAAGGAACCGCCAUGGUGGCGGUAGCUAUCGACAAGGACAAAAACAGCCAACACGCUCUCAAAUGGACCAUCGAACAUCUCGUUACCCGUGGCCAAACCAUCGUUCUCAUUCACGUCAUUCGGAAACCUUCAGCUGCAGGUGGAGGGAUUGAUGUAUCUGCUGCAAGUAAGCAACACAAUGAGAAGCAAACUAGGGAUUUGUUCCUCACCUUCCAUUGCUUUUGUACCCGCAAAGAAGUACAGUGCCUCGAUGUUAUUCUCGAAGAUACGAGUAUAUCAAAAGCGCUUACCGAAUACGCUUCUUACGCAGCGAUUGAGUUUUUGGUCCUUGGAGCUUCGUCGAAACAUGGUUUCCUCAGGUUUCGGAGUUCCGAUGUUCCGAGCCAUGUUAUGAAAGCGGCACCGGAUUUCUGCACGAUUUAUGUCAUCUCGAAAGGAAAGAUAUCCUCUGCGAAGAAAUCUUCACGAUCGGCCCCGUUUCCGUCCCCUCUACGCGAGAAAAUCCAACAGCAGUCUAACCACAGCUUUGAAGCAAGCAUUCGCCGCAAGAAUAGUUUUAAUAUGCAAAGGCCAGAAAAGACCGCCGAGAAGCCGCUUCCGGUUCCGGAAGACCCCGAAGGAUUCAAGUCGCCAUUUAAUAGAGGGAGAGGAUUGAAUCCGAAGUUAUUGUGUGGGGAGCUUUCGGAAUCGGAUACAGAUAUAUCAUUCGUAAGCUCGGGAAGGCCAAGUAGCGAUCGGAUGUCUUCGGCAUUGCGCUACGACAUUUCUAGUCUUGAUCUGAGCCCAACUCCAAGGCUUUCGACCAGUUCAGACCAUAGCUUUGGGUCAAUGUACUACGGAACCAAAGGAUCGGACUUUGGUGCUAUGUUUUCGUCAUCCUCAAUCGACAGCAAAAGACCAUCUUCGGCACGAUCCGGGCAGGAUGAGGUGGAUGACGAAAUGAGAAGACUAAAGAAUGAACUCCAGAGAACAAUGGAGAUGUACAGUACAGCCUGUAAAGAUGCGCUUACAGCAAAACAAAAGGCAGGAGAACUUGAAAAAUGGCGAGUAGAAGAAGCACAGAGACUAGACGAUGUCCGGGUUGCUGAAGAGGAAGCACGAGAGAUUGCGGACAAAGAAAAGAAACGAUAUCAAGCAUUAAUGGCGAAAGCACGAGCAUCUCGGAGGAUUGCGGAGAUAGAAUCCGAGAAACGAGGGCUUGAGCAGUCGGAGGAAAAGCCUACGGAGUCAAAUAAUGUGAAUUUGAACCAAUUUAAGUAUAGAAGAUACACCAUAGAUGAGAUCGAAGAAGCAACCGAGUUUUUCACGGAGGCUAGGAAGAUCGGCGAAGGAGGUUAUGGUCCGGUUUUCAAGGGUCGACUGGAUCAUACGCUUGUCGCAAUUAAGGUUUUACGACCGGAUGCUGCUCAAGGAAGAUCACAGUUUCAACAAGAGGUGGAAGUGUUAAGUUGUAUGCGACAUCCGAAUAUGGUUCUACUCCUUGGAGCCUGCCCGGAAUACGGUUGUUUGGUCUACGAGUACAUGGCUAACGGAAGCUUAGAGGACCGUCUACUGAGAAGAGGAAACACCCCGCCGUUGCCGUGGCAAAUUCGAUUCAAAAUCUCAGCAGAAAUAGCCACCGGAAUCUUAUUUCUCCACCAGACCAAGCCGGAACCGAUAGUUCAUCGUGACUUGAAGCCUGGCAACAUUCUCCUAGACCAAAACUUGGUGAGCAAAAUAAGCGACGUGGGACUAGCCAGGCUACUCCCAGCAUCUCUAACAGAAGAUGUCACUCAGUACAGAAUGACAUCUGCGGCUGGGACGAUGUGCUACAUCGAUCCCGAAUACCAGCAAACCGGCAUGUUGGGUGUCAAAUCCGACGUUUAUUCUUUGGGAAUCAUGUUGUUACAGUUGAUUACAGCCAAACCAGCCAUGGGGUUGGCUCAUCAGGUUCGAAGAGCGAUCAAUAAAGGAACCUUUGCCGAAAUGUUGGAUCCAACGGUGUCCGACUGGCCCAUCGAUGAAGCCUUAGGGUUCGCAAAACUAUCGAUUCAAUGUGCUGAAUUGCGACGGAAAGACCGACCGGAUCUCGGCAAGGUGGUGUUGCCCGAGCUUUGUAGAUUGAGAGAUCUUGGUGAAGAAAGUAUGCCAUCGAUCUCGGCCUUUGGAACCGGUCCAUGCCCGAGCCAUAGUCAAACCUCUAUUCCAUUGGACGCUAGCGAUCCAGCGUAACACGUUCAAGCUCAUUGGGUAAAAGCCCUAUGGUUCGUAGGUAGUUGAACUCAUGUAACAAAACUAGCGAGGUAG